AUGUUUCCAACAGGAUUAGUUAAAAUCAUUCGCAAUCCGACACGUCAAGGGUUAAUCAAAUCUCGUAUGAACGGAUGGAGGAAUUCUACGGGUGAGGUUAUUGUAUUUUUCGAUAGUCACAUGGAAGUAAAUAUAGACUGGUUGCAGCCACUAUUGUCAGUGAUUAAACAGGACAGACGAACUAUAGCAAUGGGAAACUUGGACUACAUCCAAGCCGAUACAUUUGAAUAUCAGUUCUACCGACGAGAUCAUAUAGUCCGUUAUGUAUUUGACUGGAGUCUGUAUUUCUGGGAGUCGAGGUUUAGACCGGAUCAAUAUGGACCCAAAGCAGAAGAUAUGCGCCCAGGGGCGGUAAUGGUCGGUCCAGCCAUGGCAGUUGACAGUAAGUAUUUUCGUGAAAUCGGAGCUUAUGACGAAGGCAUGAAAAUAUGGGGAGGAGAAAACUUAGAAUUACCCUGGAGGGUAUGGAUGUGCGGAGGGAAAAUGGUGCAUAUGCCUUGUUCCCAUGUAGGACACAUAGCUCGACCACAGCCAUACUCUUUUCCAUUAGGCAGGCGAAAAACUGAACUAUAUAACUACAAACGGGCUGUUGACGUUUGGAUGGACCCAGCAUAUAAAAAGUUUGUUUAUGACUUCUUCCCAGAAAUGAAGAACAUGGAUGCAGGUGAUAUAUCUGAACGAUUGACAAUUAAAGAAAAAUUAAAGUGUAAAAAAUUUACAUGGUAUUUGGAAAAUGUACGACCAGAAUUGUUGGUUUAUGAUAAAAAUGUGUUUGCCUGGGGAUCUGCUAAAAAUAUGCUACAUGACACAUGUCUUGAUAAUAAUGGCUACCUGUUAACAUAUGAAGAAGACGUUUAUUCAAAGAGAUGUACUGGACAGCUAAGUAAACAAGGGUUUUCCUGGACAAGGGAUAAGUUAUUAAGAACCACACUUCAUUGUGUAGCUUUGACAAAGUUGGCAGAAAACACUAGACCAAAAUUAGUUUGCUGUAUGAUCGGCCCCAAACAUACAUGGGAUCAUAAAAAGAAUCGCUACAUUAAGCAUGAAAAGAGUGGGCUGUGUCUUGAUCAGGACGAAUAUGGCCUUAUUAUGCGUAAAUGUUCCAUACAAAGAGAAUCACAGAACUGGACAUUCACGCAUUAUAACAUAUGA